UGUGCCCUUUUCUAAUGCUCUUGGACCCUUCUGGUAGCUAUCAGGACAUCAUGAGCUGUCAGGUAUGGCUGCAUAUCCCUGCGGUCAGUAGAGUCCACGGAGCUGCCAAGCGGAUCGUCUGUUGUCACUUGCCUUCUAUAACACGCGGACUUUAAGGGCCCGUGAUUGGUGUGUAUAGUCAUAAUGAGAAGUGAGAGCUACCUGUCCGCCAGUAGCCUGGAUGUCCCGUGCGUGGUAUAUAAGUUAAUGGUGGUGCUCGCGAUGCCCCGAUUUCUGUAGCUCUUGUAGGUCCGCUUGUGUUGACGUAGCUCUCUCUCUCGUGACCUAUACCAUUGGUUCGAGUCUAGCCUGUAAGAGCCUUGUGGCAACGAGACCAAUCGACCGCCGCCAUGGCAAACACAUUCUCUGUCAAGUCCUUGGCCGUAACCCUCCUCGCAAGUCAGAUCUCGUCCUGCGACGCUGCCGUGAUAUCAGUGAGAUCCGAUGUGCCUGCCGGAUAUGUGGCCGCGCCCUACUACCCAGCGCCAUACGGCGGCUGGGCCUCGGACUGGACAGACAGUUAUAGGAGGGCGAAAGCUGUAGUCGAUAAGAUGACUUUGGCUGAAAAGACCAACAUCACAUCCGGAACUGGCAUCUUCAUGGGUGACCGCUGCGUUGGAAACUCUGGCAGCGCUCUCCGUGUCGGUUUCCCCCAGCUAUGCCUCGCAGACUCAGCAACCGGUCUCCGUCAGGCCGAUAACGUGACGGUGUUCCCGUCCGGCAUCACGACCGGCGCCACCUUUGACAAGGACCUGAUGUACGCUCGCGGCGUUGCCAUAGGCAAGGAGUUCCGAGGCAAAGGCGCCAACGUCUACCUGGGACCGAGCGUGGGUCCCAUAGGUCGAAAGCCCCGUGGUGGCCGAAACUGGGAGGGCUUUGGGGCCGAUCCUGCGCUGCAGGGUAAGGCUGCUGCUCUGACGAUCAAGGGCGUCCAGGAGCAGGGUGUCAUUGCCACGAUCAAGCAUCUUAUUGGCAACGAGCAGGAGAUGUAUCGCAUGUAUAACCCUCUGCAGCAGGGCUACAGCUCCAACAUUGAUGACCGAACUCUACAUGAGCUGUACCUAUGGCCUUUUGCGGAUGGUGUGCAUGCAGGCGUAGGGUCCGUGAUGACAGCUUACAAUGCGGUCAACGGUUCGGCAUGCAGCCAGAACAGCUACCUCAUCAAUGGCAUUCUGAAAGACGAACUCGGCUUUCAAGGCUUCGUCAUGAGCGACUGGCUGUCACACAUGUCCGGCGUCGGUUCCGCCCUCGCGGGUCUGGACUUCAACGCCCCGGGCGACCAGCAAGUUCCCCUGACGGGCUACAGCUACUGGAUGUACGACCUCACCAGAGCUGUUCUGAACGGAUCCGUCCCCGUGGACCGCAUUAACGACAUGGCCACAAGAGUCCUGGCGAGCUGGUACCAGAUGGGUCAGGACCAGGGCUUCCCCGCGCUCAACUUCGCCACGGGAACCCGCAACAGGGUGGGAGAUCUCUACCCGGGAGCCUUCCCCUUCUCCCCCAGCGGCGUCGUCAACGAAAUGGUCCAAGUGCAGGAGGACCACUACCUCGUGGCCAGGCAGAUCGCGCAGGAGGCCAUCACCCUGCUCAAGAACAACGGCAGCCUCUUGCCCAUUGCCACCUCGGCGUCGAUCAAGGUCUUUGGCACCGACGCGAUAACGAACCCAGAUGGCCCCAACGCUUGUGCCGAUCGGUCAUGUAACAAGGGCCUGCUUGGCAUCGGCUGGGGCUCGGGGACGGUUGAUUACGUCUACCUUGACGAUCCCAUCACCGCGUUCAAGAAGAGGGCCAGCAACGUCACGUUUUACAACACCGACUCCUUCCCCUCAGUGCCGGCCCCGACCGCGGAUGAUGUUGCGUUUGUCUUCAUUACCUCGGACUCUGGAGAGAACCAGUACGUCGUGGAAGGCAACAACGGUGACCGCAGUUCGUCUGGUCUCGACGCCUGGCACAACGGCAACAAGCUGGUCCAGGACGCCGCCGCAAAGUAUUCCAAUGUCGUGGUCGUCAUACACUCUGUAGGACCUAUCGUCGUCGACUCGUGGAUCGAUCUCCCCAGCGUCAAGUCCGUUCUGGUCGCCCAUCUCCCCGGCCAGGAAGCAGGCGAAUCCCUCGUCAACAUCGUCUUUGGCGCAGCAUCCCCCUCCGGCCACCUCCCCUACAGCAUGACCAAGAAGGAAUCCGACCUCCCAGACUCCGUGACCCAGCUUGUCGGCGGCUCUCUCGGUCAGCCCCAGGACACCUUCUCCGAGGGCCUGUACAUCGACUACCGCUACCUCAACAAGAACGGCAUCAAGCCGCGCUUCGCCUUUGGCCACGGACUGAGCUACACCGCCUUCACCUACACCGGCGCAACCAUCAGCUCCGCCACGGCGCUCAGCGCAACUCCGCCGGCCCGCCCCGCGAAGCAGGGCAUCCUGACAUACACCGCGCCCAUCCCCGACUGGACCGAGGGCGUCGCGCCGUCCGGCUUCAACAAGAUCUUCCGGUACAUUUACUCCUGGUGCACCGAAUCCGAGGCCAAGGACGCCGUCGCCGCCUCCAAGACGGAGACGUACCCGUACCCAGAGGGCUACAGCACGGCGCAGAAGCCUGGACCCCCCGCCGGCGGCGCGCAGGGCGGCAACCCUGCCCUCUUUGACGUUGUCUUUUCCGUGUCGGUGAAGGUGACCAACACGGGCUCCAAGUACUCGGGUAAAGCGUCCGCGCAGGCGUACGUGCAGUUCCCCGGCGGCGGGCCCGAGACGCCGGUGAUUCAGCUGCGCGACUUUGUCAAGACGAAGAAUUUGGCGCCGGGAGAGAGUGCCACUGUGACGCUGCAGCUGACGAGGCGGGAUUUGAGUGUGUGGGAUGUGGUUAGCCAGAACUGGAUCGUGCCGAAUCCCACUGGGAGGUAUAAGAUUUGGAUCGGAGAGGCGAGUGAUAAGUUGUUUUCGGCUUGUUAUACGGACACCAAGACGUGUGAGGCUGGACUGGCUAGCCCUAUUUGAUUUUUCUUGUGUUUAGUUAUUCUUCUGAACUCUCCUUCGAUCUAUUAAUGUGUAAGGGGCGUUUGAUAGUUGUCGAUUAGUAGCGAACAGGCUGUUAAGAUCGAGUCUCCUGUAGAAAGAACGGUGUCAACGGCGACUGUUGUUGAAUAUGCAACUUUUCGGAAUUUGAUCACGGUAGUCUCAGUCUAAUAAUACAGGGUGGUAUCUCUCACGACUACAAUCACAAAAGCAGCUCCCAGACCAAUACCCGAUCCAACACCAGAGUCAGACCCAACUCUCAGCCCAGCAUCAUAACCAUACCAUUCUUAAUAGCAUCAAUCUCCUUCUUGCCCAACGGAUCCUUCUU